AUGAAGAAGCUUAAUGAGCGAUUGCUUACAGCUCCUGAUACGAAAUUUAGAAGUGCAAGUUUAAAAGUAUCUCCAAAAUAUAAGAAUGAUAAAUAAACCCAAAAUCCUCCAUAGAAAAUAAAAGAUCUCCUCAAAAUGAUGAAAGAACCUCCUAAAUUAAAUUUUGAUAAUUCAAGGAUCAAUCAAAUGUGUUAGGUUUUUCCUGAAUACAUGGAGCAAGCUUUCAAUAAGUAUGCAGAUAUUAAAGGAGGAACUAAUGCUACAGAUUACUAAGAAUAUUUAUAAAAACUUUAAAUGGAUUCUUUCGAUGAUAUGAAGAUUCCAAUUGAAUCAAAUGAGGAAUAAAUGCUCAAUAAUCAAUUUCAUUAUUUAUAUGUAAACAUACCAUCUUAUUCCAAUAAACAUCAGUAUAAUCUCAAUGAUAGAGGAACAGUUUCUACAGCAAACUCUGCUCUUAACUCUGCAAGAAGGAAGUGCUUCACUCCUAAUUAACUUUCUGCUAGAUCAACUGCUCGCUCAUUUGAGGACACUCUUCGUUAAACAAAAAAUGCUAAUAAAACUAAUAACGUUCAAUUCUACGAUAGUCAAAUUAACAAUCGCAUUCAAUCUAGAGGAGAUUUUAUUAAAGUUAGGGAUUUUAGCAAUUCUUUUAACAAUUCCAGAUAUUACAGAGCUAACUCUGCAUAGGAGAGUGCUAAUGAAAGCUUACUUCAAAAAACAUAAAAUUCGUUCAUUAUAAAUAAACCUACUGACAUAUCUUGCAAUAGGAAUAUAACAACUAGUCAAUCUAGAAGAAGUAAGUAUUCCCAUCUUGAAGGGAGAAAAUUAAGAAAUGAAUUAGUGAAUACUUCUUCUAAUAACUUUUAUGGUGUAAACACCUAGGGUAUUGAUUAACAAAAUUCACCUUCUAACAAGAAUAAAUCGUUUUAAAUUUAAGAGCAAGGUGAUUAUUCUACCAAAUUCAUAACUGAACCUUCUGACAUUAAUUUUCGACCUUCAACAAGCAUGAAUAAAAACUUUUAUGAAUAAAAGACAAAUAAUUCAGGAUUUUAAUUCAAUAAUUGCAAUAUGAGAGUUUAAAAUAAUUUUAUUAAUUAAAAUGUAAAUGACCCAAUGAAUGAUCAAUUUUUAGCUUAAGAUUAGAUUAGGAAUGACACUUUUGUUCCAAAUCUCAUCAAUAUAAAAAAAAGAGAGAAAAAGGAGGUAGCUGAAUGGAAAUAUAUUGAAUUUGUUCAUGAAAGGAAAUCUCUUUCUAUGCAACCAGAUAGCUAAAAAGUAAAUUCGAUAAUCAAAAAAGUUUAGUUAAACUAAAUACCAAAGAACUGCUCAUUGAAUAGCUAGAUAGAGAGGUCUUAGCUUCAAAGGUAUUUUGAUUAAUUUCUAAUAACUUCGAAGCCAGCAACACCUACAAAAAUUAAAGAAAUUAGGCAGAGAUUAGCAGUGAGUAAAGAUAUACUGAGAGAAUAAGGUUUGUAGAAUGAUGUUUCUAGAAAUCCUGUUAAGAAGAAAAUAAAUUAAAUAUUAUAAAAAAGCAACCAAGAUUUGCAGUCAUUUUCUUCACCUUCUUUUGUAAAAAAUGAAAAUUUUGAUGAUCCUGCGUUCUUUUUAAAGAACAGACUUUCUCCAAGCAAAAUUAACUACAAAGAAAAGAUUUAAAAUAUAGAUGAAAUGGAAGACGCUAUUCCUGAAGUUUUUGAUGAAGAUAAUUAUGUAGAAACUACUCCAAAUAAAAUGAAUAGCAGUCCUGAUUUUUAGAAUGAUAAAAAGACUUUCACGAAAUUGGAAGAAAUUGCUAAUUGCUCCUCAUCAGAAGAAGAGGAAGAAGUUGAAGAAGAGGAUUUAUAAAUUUAUAAGGAAAAUUCUGAUGAUGAAUAUGAUGAGAACGAUUUAGAGGAGAAAUAAAAGAAACUAGAAAUUUUAAAGCAGAGAAAAGCGAGAAGAAGCAAAAAUAUAAAAUUUUGGGAGAAGUCAGCAAAAGAAUCCUUCGUUAAAUCUCCAGAAAAUGACAAAAAAUCUUAUCUUAGAAACACUAUUUCAAGCUAAAAGCAAAAAAGAAUGAUAGAAGAUAUAGAAGGAGAAACAAAUUAAAAGAAAAUAAACACUGAAUAAAAGCAAGCCCUUACAUAAGUAAACAAUAUUUUGAAUGCCUGCUAAAAGGUUAAAAGACAAAACAAAAUCGAUAAUAAAAUUUUCAAAAAAGCUCAUAAUGAAGUGAAUAAAAAUAUCAACAAGUUUGUUGAUUUUCUGCCAAAAGGAGAAGAGGAAGAAGAUAAUUUUGAGUAAGACAUAAAAGAAAUCAUAAGAGAUCAGAAACUACAUGAUUUUUUAUAAAAGCAAAUGAUAAUCGAUUACGAAGAUUCAAUUCAGUAGUUAAAGGCAAAUAGAACCUAAAAUUAAUAAAUCAAAGAUUUAUCAAGACCAAAAGAAAUCAUAACUUUCGUUAAAAAUAACAUAUUAGAUUCUGUUAUAAGAAAUCCUGCCUUCUACAACCACCUACUUACCGAUACAAGGAAAAAGAGGCUCUAAGAAGACAAAAUUAAAAUAAAAUCGUAUGUUAACUAGUAGGAUAAAGACAUGUCAAAGCUUGUCAAAUAUUCAGAUUUCAUAAGUUUUAAAUGA